AUCUCGGGCGCUGGCGCCUACCGUCGGCCUCCGACAGCGCCCGGGAAGGACCCGGGCAGCUCCCGGGCGCCCGGGACUGCUGAGUGAUGCAUGAGGGGCCCACGGAGGCGCAGGAGUGGUGGUGAUGGUUUGGGAAGCGGAGCUGAAGUGCGCUGGGCUUUGGUGACGCGUGACAGUUUAUCAUGACCGUGUUCAGGCAGGAAAACGUGGAUGAUUACUACGACACCGGCGAGGAACUUGGCAGUGGGCAGUUUGCCGUCGUGAAGAAAUGCCGUGAGAAAAGCACCGGUCUACAGUAUGCCGCCAAAUUCAUCAAGAAAAGGAGGACCAAAUCCAGCCGGCGGGGCGUGAGCCGCGAGGACAUCGAGCGGGAAGUCAGCAUCCUAAAGGAGAUCCAGCACCCCAACGUCAUCACCCUGCACGAGGUUUACGAGAACAAGACGGACGUCAUCCUGAUCCUGGAACUCGUUGCAGGUGGUGAGCUGUUUGACUUCUUAGCUGAAAAGGAAUCUUUGACUGAAGAGGAAGCAACUGAAUUUCUCAAACAAAUUCUUAAUGGUGUUUACUAUCUGCACUCCCUUCAGAUUGCCCACUUUGAUCUUAAGCCUGAAAACAUAAUGCUUUUGGAUAGAAAUGUUCCCAAGCCUCGGAUCAAGAUCAUUGACUUUGGGUUGGCCCAUAAAAUUGACUUUGGAAAUGAAUUCAAAAAUAUAUUUGGGACACCAGAAUUCGUUGCUCCUGAGAUAGUCAACUAUGAACCUCUUGGUCUUGAGGCAGAUAUGUGGAGUAUUGGGGUAAUAACCUAUAUUCUCCUCAGUGGGGCCUCCCCGUUUCUCGGAGACACUAAGCAAGAAACAUUAGCGAACGUAUCUGCUGUCAACUAUGAAUUUGAGGAAGAGUACUUCAGUAAUACGAGUGCCCUAGCCAAAGAUUUCAUAAGAAGACUCCUCGUCAAGGAUCCAAAGAAGAGAAUGACAAUUCAAGAUAGUUUGCAGCAUCCCUGGAUCAAGCCUAAAGAUACCCAACAAGCACUUAGUAGAAAAGCAUCGGCAGUAAACAUGGAGAAAUUCAAGAAGUUUGCAGCCCGGAAAAAAUGGAAACAAUCUGUUCGCUUGAUAUCACUGUGCCAAAGAUUAUCCAGGUCAUUCUUGUCCAGAAGUAACAUGAGUGUUGCCAGAAGCGAUGAUACUCUGGAUGAGGAAGACUCCUUUGUGAUGAAAGCUAUCAUCCAUGCCAUCAACGAUGACAAUGUCCCAGGCCUGCAGCACCUCCUGGGCUCCUUGUCCAACUACGACGUUAACCAGCCCAACAAGCAUGGGACUCCUCCGUUACUUAUUGCUGCUGGCUGUGGGAAUAUUCAAAUACUACAGUUGCUCAUUAAGAGAGGCUCAAGAAUUGACAUCCAGGAUAAGGGUGGAUCCAAUGCCAUCUACUGGGCCUCUCGGCAUGGCCAUGUAGAUACCUUGAAAUUUCUCAAUGAGAACAAAUGCCCUCUGGACGUUAAAGACAAGUCUGGAGAGACAGCCCUUCAUGUGGCAGCUCGCUACGGCCAUGCUGAUGUGGUUCAGUUACUGUGCAGCUUCGGCUCGAAUCCCAACUUCCAGGACAAGGAAGAAGAAACCCCCCUGCACUGUGCUGCCUGGCACGGCUAUUACUCUGUGGCCAAAGCCCUGUGUGAAGCCGGCUGCAAUGUGAACAUUAAGAACAGAGAAGGCGAGACCCCCCUCCUGACAGCCUCCGCCAGGGGCUACCAAGACAUCGUGGAGUGUCUGGCUGAGCACGGAGCCGACCUUAAUGCAUCCGACAAGGAUGGACACAUUGCUCUACAUCUUGCCGUGAGACGAUGUCAGAUGGAGGUCAUCCAGACUCUCAUCAGCCAAGGCUGUUCAGUCGAUUUCCAAGACAGGCAUGGCAACACCCCCCUCCAUGUGGCCUGCAAAGAUGGCAACGUGCCGAUUGUGGUGGCCCUCUGUGAAGCCAACUGCAAUUUGGAUCUCUCCAACAAGUAUGGACGGACGCCUCUGCACCUUGCCGCCAACAACGGGAUUCUGGACGUGGUCCGCUACCUGUGUCUGACGGGCGCCAAUGUGGAGGCGCUGACCUCGGAUGGAAAGACAGCAGAAGAUCUUGCGAAAUCAGAACAGCAUGAACACGUAGCAGGCCUCCUCACAAGACUCCGAAAGGACACACACCGAGGACUCUUCAUCCAGCAACUGCGACCCACACAGAACCUGCAGCCAAGAAUCAAGCUGAAGCUGUUCGGCCACUCAGGGUCUGGGAAGACCACUCUGGUGGAAUCUCUCAAGUGUGGGCUGCUGAGGAGCUUUUUCCGAAGACGCCGGCCCCGACUCUCCUCCACCAACUCUACCCGGUUCCCACCCUCGCCCCUGGCCUCCAAGCCGGCAGUGUCCGUGAGCAUCAACAACCUGUACCCGGGCUGUGAGAACGUGAGCGUCAGGAGCCGCAGCAUGAUGUUCGAGCCGGGCCUCACCAAGGGGGUGCUGGAGGUGUUUGGGGCCCCGUCCCACCACCCGCACUGCGCCACCGAUGACCAGUCCACGAAGGCAAUCGACAUCCAGAAUGCCUAUUUGAACGGCAUUGGUGACUUCAGUGUGUGGGAGUUCUCUGGAAAUCCUGUCUACUUCUGCUGUUAUGACUAUUUUGCUGCAAACGAUCCCACGUCCAUCCAUGUCAUCGUUUUUAGUUUAGAAGAGCCCUAUGAGAUUCAGCUGAACCAAGUGAUUUUCUGGCUUAGUUUCCUGAAGUCUCUUGUCCCAGUGGAAGAACCGAUAGCCUUUGGCGGCAAGCUGAAGAACCCACUCCGAGUUGUCCUGGUGGCCACCCAUGCUGACAUCGUGAACCUUCCUCGUUCAGCUGGAGGCGAGUUUGGAUAUGACAAAGACACUUCGUUGCUGAAAGAGAUCAGGAACAGGUUUGGGAACGAUCUUCACAUUUCAAAUAAGCUCUUUGUUCUGGAUGCCGGGGCUUCUGGGUCUAAGGACAUGAAGGUACUUCGAAAUCACCUGCAAGAAAUACGGAGCCAGAUUGUUUUGGUCUGCCCUCCAAUGACUCACCUAUGUGAAAAGAUCAUCUCCACUUUGCCCUCCUGGAGGAAGCUCAAUGGCCCCAACCAGCUGAUGUCACUGCAGCAGUUCGUGUAUGACGUACAGGACCAGUUGAACCCCCUGGCCAGUGAGGCAGACCUCCGGCACAUCGCCCAGCAGCUCCACAGUGCUGGUGAGAUCAACAUCAUGCAGAGCGAAACCGUCCAGGACGUGCUGCUCCUGGAUCCCCGCUGGCUGUGCACCAACGUUCUAGGAAAGCUGCUCUCUGUGGAGACCCCACGGGCCCUGCACCAUUACCGCGGCCGCUACACCAUGGAGGACGUCCAGCGCCUGGUGCCCGACAGCGACGUGGAGGAGCUGCUGCAGAUCCUGGAUGCCAUGGACAUCUGUGCGCGGGACCUGAGCAGCGGGACCAUGGUGGACAUCCCCGCCCUGAUCAAGACUGACAACCUGCACCGCUCCUGGACGGACGAGGAGGACGAGGUGCGGGUCUACGGCGGCGUGCGCGUCGUCCCGGUGGAGCACCUCACGCCCUUCCCCUGCGGCAUCUUCCACAAGGUGCAGGUGAACCUGUGCCGGUGGAUCCACCAGCAGAGCGCCGAGGGAGACGCGGACAUUCGCCUGUGGGUGAACGGCUGCAAGAUCGCCAACCGCGGGGCCGAGCUGCUGGUGCUGCUGGUCAACCACGGCCAGGGCAUAGAGGUCCAGGUGCGUGGACUGGAGACGGAGAAGAUCAAGUGCUGCUUCCUGCUGGACUCGGUGUGCAGCACCAUCGAGAACGUCAUGACCACCACGCUGCCCGGGCUGCUGACGGUGAAGCACUACCUGAGCCCCCAGCAGCUACGAGAGCACCACGAGCCCGUCAUGAUCUACCAGCCCCGGGACUUCUUCCGGGCGCAGACUCUCAAGGAGACCUCACUGACCAACACCAUGGGCGGGUACAAGGAGAGCUUCAGCAGUAUCAUGUGCUUCGGCUGUCACGACGUCUACUCGCAGGCCAGCCUGGGCAUGGACAUCCACGCGUCAGAUCUGAACCUCCUGACCCGGAGGAAGCUCAGUCGCCUGCUGGACCCGCCCGACCCCAUGGGGAAGGACUGGUGCCUCCUUGCCAUGAACUUGGGCCUCCCCGACCUUGUGGCCAAGUACAACACCAAUAACGGGUCUCCCAAGGAGUUCCUCCCGAGCCCAGUCCACGCCCUGCUCCGAGAAUGGACUUCCUACCCCGAGAGCACUGUUGGCAUCCUCAUGUCCAAACUGCGGGAGCUGGGGCGUCGGGACGCAGCGGACUUCCUGCUGAAGGCGUCCUCUGUGUUCAAAAUCAACCUCGACGGCAACGGCCAGGAGGCCUACGCCUCAAGCUGCAACAGUGGCACAUCUUACAAUUCCAUUAGCUCGGUCGUGUCCCGGAAAAACUCCCAUGUAAGGAAUCCCACUGUAUGA